AUUUCAUAUGUCGAAUUACAUUUUUAAUAUGUAGUCUAGCCUGUAAAACAUGUCCCUUAUAUUUUGAAUAAGCGUUGAUGUUUUGAUUGAGAAGUUUGGAGGCAAGGAGUAAGUAGCAGGGGUUGGAGUAGAUUGGCUAUGGUUUACAAAUUUUAUAUUAGUUUCUUUAGUAGAGCAUAAUGCUAAGGCAGAAAAUUCCAAUCUUCUCAAGGGGAAAGACAUGCUUCAGCAAUUGCGUUUACCAAGAUUGCCCAGAAGGGUCAUCAUCUCUUUGUAGAAGCCAGGAAAGUUGGCGACUUUGAGUCGCUAUGGUGGGAUGAUGUUAGGUAUCACUUCAAUGGUGUAUGCCAUCGUGUUUGGGAUAGGUGCCGAUAUAGCCGAGCUACUCUUCAGUUCAGUGACAACAAAAGUGAUGGGGAGGAUGUUGUGUUUUCAUGUAGCCAGCAACUUGCAGAAGUUUAUCAAGGGAUUGAUGUGUCUGUGGCCAGGAAUCGGCAAACGUGGGCCAGAUGCUCCUUUGUUGAAUAGUUCAUCUCUAAUUCUCUGGAAUUUAACUAUUACUUUUUUUAAAUCACCUUAUCUGCAUUUUUUUCUUGAUAAAUUCCAGAGCAUCAAAGAAGAAGAGAAAGCUAAUCUUAAGCCAUGAAUUCUUGCUUUUUGGGUGAAAAGUAAAGAUCAAGAUAAGAUAAAAUGAACAGCGUAUAGAAAAAUUUUCUGAAUAAGUAAUUUGAGUAAUAAAAAAUUAGUUGAUGA